GUGUUAUGUGCCAAUCAGUCCCGGGGGUUUACAUUUUUGGAGACUCUUUGGUGGACGUCGGCAACAACAAUCACCUUCCUCUUUCCCUUCUUAAGGCUAAUUUCCCUCACAACGGUGUAGAUUUUCCUACCGGAGAAGCUACUGGCCGGUUUAGUAAUGGAAAAAAUGCUGCUGACUUUCUUGCUGAAAAGGUGGGAUUACCUACCGCGCCGCCAUAUCUUUCAUCGAAGUCAGAAGUUCCAAUUACCGGAGUCAGUUUUGCAUCAGGAGGUGCAGGUCUCUUAAACCGGACCGAUGAUCUCUUUAGACAAGCAAUUUCAAUGACACAACAAGUUGACUACUUCGCUUUAGUACAUGACCAUCUUGUUCAACAACUGGGCUCGGAUGGUGCUCGAGCCCACUUGGCGAAAUCCUUAUUUGUGAUUGUGAUUGGAAGCAAUGAUCUCUUUGCCUACUUCCACAACAACUCCAAAGUCUCAAAGAAGUACACCCCACAACAAUAUGUUGAUCUCAUGGCAUCCACCUUCAAACAACUUAUCAAGAGGUUGUAUGGUAUGGAAGCACGUAAAUUUGUGGUGACUGGAGUUGGAGUGAUUGGUUGUUGUCCUGCACGGAGAAAGGAAACCGCCACGAGUGAAUGCAAAGUGGAAGCAAAUAAUUGGUCGACAAAGUACAACGAUGGGCUAAAAUUAUUACUACAGGAUCUGAAGUUGGAAUUAUCAGAAAUCAACUAUUCUUACUUUGAUACUUACGGCGUCAUGAAUAACAUCAUCCAAAAUCCUCAAACUUAUGGAAUUAUCGAGACAAAAGAAGCUUGUUGUGGUCUUGGCAACAUGAAAGCCGACGUCCCUUGCAUCCCAAUUGCGACUUAUUGCUCCAACAGAAGGGACCAUCUUUUCUGGGAUCGCGUUCAUCCCACGGAAAUCGUGUCAAGUCUAUUUGCUAAUCUGUUAUACAACGGAACUCAAGAGGUUACGUUUCCAAUAAAUGUAGAACAACUUGCUAAAUUGUAGACCGUGAACAUGAAGAUACAAAUGGUUUUCAUCGUAUUGUGAAAGUGAUUCCCAAGUAACAUGUUUUUUUAAUGGCUAAACUUGC